AUGGCUUCCAUUGUCACUCAUUUCUCAAUCUUCUUCCUCUUCUCCCUUCUUUCCCCACUUCAUCUCCAUGCAAGAGAAAGUCAGUUCUUCAGCAAAAUUCCCAGAAACAACGUUGUUAUCAAGGCGCAGACAACAUUAAACCCCCAAGAACAACAGCCCAACUUCGUCCAGGAAUCUGAAAACGGCGGCUACGGUCUUUACGGCCGUGAAUCCACCACCGCCGCCGCCAAAAACCUCCCUUCCUGGGAGGAGAAUAUUCCCAACAAGAAAUACCUCCCCAAGAACUACAGCCCCGUUUCCUACGUCACCGUCCCGGAGGAUACCUCCGCCGGCGCCGGCGCCGGCAAGCAGAAAACAUCCAUGCCCAGUGACACAUUCAUGCAGAGCGGCUACACCAACGGCGGCGAGAAUUACUUCAACAACCAGAAGGAGAGGUACCCCUCCGCCACCACCACCACCGGCAACCGGAAUGAUCAGUACAACGGCGGCGAUGCUAAUGGAGGAUUCAAGAAACAGGGGAUGAGUGACACCAGAUUCUUGGACGGUGGGAGAUAUUAUAACAACGGCGAGAGGUUCCCCAGAAACCCAUUGGACAAUUCAAGAAACCAGUUUGGAAACAGCAGGUAUUUCAACGAAAACAACAACAAUUUCAUGGAGAACAGCUACCAAAAUGAGGAGGAGUUCGAAGAUGAAGAUGAUGAUGAUUUGCCCUGA